GAUGGCAUCGAGCGACGGGGUUAAGGAGCCUCACUCUUUUGUUUCUCACUCCGUUGGCUUUCCCUCUGCUGCUCUCACUCCAGUGGCGAACGAGCUGCUCAGGGACCACCGCAGCCAUUAAUAGCAGGCUCGAAGCUUUCAACUUCAAGAACAUCGGUCCGCUCAGAUUCACAUGAUUGAAGAGGCUCUCCGAUUCGCCGGUGUUCCUGGAUAUGGCUGGUGCCUGAAACAAUGGUUAUUGCAAGGACAACUGCUGUCAAAGCUGAAAGAAGACACUUAGUUUCUGAGGCUUAUAAUCCCAAACUUAAGCUUGUAAGCAAUGAAGUUUUAAAGGCUCAUCAUCCCAAACGAACACAAGAUGAAUCAGCAGCAGUAAAAACAAGGAAUAUAUUUCUACCGAGGGCCUCUCCGAAGUCAAUAAACCAAAAGGUUGCAAAGUCUAACAAAAAAUAUUUCAUGGUUAUGGGAAUUAAUACAGCUUUUAGUAGCCAAAAGCGAAGAGAUUCCCUGCGGGAGACGUGGAUGCCCCAAGGUGAGAAAAGAAGGAAGCCAGAGGAAGAGAAGGGCAUUGUCAUAAGCUUUGUUAUUGGUCACAGUUCAACAUCCGAUGGUAUUCUUGACAAAGCUAUUGAAGCAGAGGACAGAAAGCACGAGGACUUCUUGCGGCUGAAACAUGUAGAGGGCUACAAUGAAUUGUCAGCGAAAACAAAGAUAUAUUUUGCUACCGCUGUUGCUUUGUGGGAUGCAGAUUUCUAUCUCAAAAUUGAUGACGACGUUCAUGUAAACAUAGGUAUAGAAAAGUUUGGGCUUUGGUGGUAAUGUGGUGGUGAAAGUGGUUUAGUUAUUCAACAACAGCUAUGGGUUCUUCUUAUUUUGAGG